AUGGUGGAUCUUCAGACUGUGUGUUGUAUGUGUGGCGAUGUGGGAUUCUCCGACAAGAUUUUCAGAUGCACCAAGUGCCAAGGCCGCUUCCAACACUCGUAUUGCAGCAACUACUACAGCGAAUUUGCAGAGCCGAUGGAAGUUUGUGACUGGUGCCAAAGUGAGGAAAGAAAUACAUCAAAGCCUGGCAAUUCUUCAAAGAAUUCUUCACAAGUUUUAAAUAUUCAUACAAGAUCAGCCUAUUCAGGCGACAAAAUAAAGCACGACCGCGCAGAUGGCGCCGGAGAAAAGGGUGGAAAAAACCCAAGUGGCACGCCCUCGCCUCGCCCCACUACUCGCAGGUACAAGCUUCUGAAGGACGUAAUGUGCUGA